UCUGUGCGCAAACACACGUGUGAAGAUGGACACAGACGGGCUGCAGUUUCAUGAGAUGGGUUUAGACGAUCGCCUGUUAAAGGCUCUGGCUGAUUUAGGGUGGGCUCAUCCGACCCUCAUUCAGGAGAAAGCCAUUCCAUUGGCGCUGGAGGGGAAAGAUCUGUUGGCCCGUGCUCGAACCGGAUCAGGAAAAACUGCGGCGUAUGCCGUACCACUGAUCCAACAGAUCCUCACAUCCAAACAGACUGUACGGGAGCAAGCAGUCAGAGCUCUAGUCCUGGUGCCGACUAAAGAACUGGGUCAGCAGGUGCAGGCGAUGAUCCGACAGCUCACAGCAUACUGCAGCCGAGACGUGCGUGUGGCGGAUAUCUCUGGCAAGGCCGAUCUAUCAGCACAGAAGCCUAUAUUAAUGGAGAAGCCUGAUAUUGUGGUGGGCACCCCGUCCCGUGUUCAGUGUCACAUUACAGCUCAGAACCUGCAGCUGCACUCGUCACUGGAGAUGCUGGUGAUUGACGAGGCCGAUCUGCUCUUCUCGUUUGGGUUUGAAGCUGACCUCAAAAGCCUGCUGUGUCACCUGCCCAAGAUAUACCAGGCGUUCCUGAUGUCGGCCACAUUGAACGAAGAUGUCAAAGCCCUAAAGGAGCUCGUUCUCCAUAAUCCCGUGACUCUGAAGCUGCAGGGUUCUCAGCUUCCCGACAGCUCUCAGCUCCAGCAGUACAGCAUCAAAUGUGAGGAAGAGGACAAAUUCCUGCUUGUCUACACACUCUUGAAGCUCCACCUGGUUCGAGGAAAGACUCUCAUAUUCGUCAGUACCGUGGAACGCUGUUACCGACUCAAACUGUUUCUGGAGCAGUUUAGCAUUCCUGCUUGUGUCCUGAACUCUGAACUGCCCGUUCACUCCAGAUGUCAUAUUAUCGCUCAGUUUAAUCAGGGCUUCUACGAUUACAUCAUCGCCACAGAUGAACAGAGACUGGAGGGUCCAACGACAAGCUCCCAGAAAACACAGGAGAAAGGAAAAAAGAAAAAGAACUCUGGGAAGAGUGGGAAAGGCAAAGACGUGGAAUAUGGUGUUUCCAGAGGGAUCGACUUCCACAAUGUGUCUAACGUCAUCAACUUUGAUUUCCCCACUUGUGCUGAUUCCUACAUCCACCGUGUUGGCAGAACGGCUCGAGCGGAUAAUCCCGGCACUGCACUGUCUUUCAUAUCUCAAAUUGAACUUCCUUUUCUCGCUGAGGUUGAAAAUGCUCUAACUGGAGACAGUACAGAUUGUGCACUAAAACCGUAUGGGUUUAAAAUGGAAGAAAUCGAGGGAUUCAGAUACAGAUGUCGGGAUGCCAUGAGAUCAGUGACGAAACAAGCGGUGAAGGAGGCCAGACUGAAAGAGAUCAAACAGGAGCUGCUCAACUCGGAGAAACUCAAGACAUAUUUUGAAGACAAUCCCAGAGACCUGCAGCUGCUACGACACGACAAAGACCUUCACCCUGCCGUCAUCAAGCCUCACCUGAGAAACGUGCCCGAUUACCUGAUCCCAACAGCUUUGAAAGGUCUUGUCAAUCCUCUGAAUAGAAGGAAGAACAGAAAGCAAAAGCUAAAUGCAGGAGCUGUGAUGAGAAGCAGUUUUAAGAAGAAUUUCCGAAGCAAAAAUCCCCUGAAGAAUUUCCGCUACACAAGAAAGGAACCUGCAGAAAAGAAGGCUCGUAAAUCCUAGAUUUCCUGGAACCAGCAACUGACUUGAAGAGACAUUGGGAUUGGAGGAGGAUAUUGAGAAAAUCUUGGAAAUGUGGACAAUGUUUUUACAAGUCCGAGCUUUCAGUAUCAGCUGGAAACUAGAUUGAUAUGACAAGUAUUCACUAUGACGGACACGAAAAGUCUGCAGAGACUGUAACGUAUCUCUGAAUCAUGCAGGUGGAUGUUUCUGUCUCACUGUAUGUUUAAAAUGUUCUUUAAGAAUAUUGAAAAUAUAAUCUUGUAUCUUUCAUCUUUAUUAAAGCGAUGUGUUGCGUUCCGAUUUGAGUAAUCGUGCAAGUUCUUGGUAUUAAAAUAUGUUUUCAGUAGUCGGUACCGACACCAGUGAAAUUUCAGUUUUCGAUACCAAUAUCGAUACAAGAGCAAAAUUAUGCUAAUAUGGUAAUGUACUAUUGAACACACUGCUUUAGCCUAUUUAAUGUUAAAUUUCAAUGUAAAAAAAUAAACGUAAAACAAAUGCAUGUUUUCUUUUUAA